CCAAAGAUCUGUCUUACCGUCUCACAUCUCUUUUUUUUCCGAUUCUGGAUUGAUAGCACAGAAAAACAUGGAAGAGAAUUUACUAGAAAAACAUGUGGAACAACAAAGAGUUACAUGGCAUGCUUUCAGUGAAGAAAUGAAGAGGAUCUGCUGUGUAGCAGGGCCUAUGGUGGCUGUGAUCUCUUCACAAUAUUUAUUGCAAGUUGUGUCAACAAUGAUAGUGGGUCAUCUGGGUGAACUUUAUCUCUCUAGCGCCGCCUUAGCCAUAUCCCUUGCUGGGGUCACUGGUUUUAGUCUUCUUAUGGGAAUGGCUAGUGGAUUGGAAACAAUUUGUGGACAGGCUUAUGGAGCUCAGCAAUAUCAAAGAAUUGGAAUGCAAACAUACAGUGCUAUAUUUUCUCUAGUAUUGGUUUGUCUUCCCCUGUCUCUCCUUUGGAUCAACAUUGAAAAGAUACUAGUUUUCAUAGGCCAGGACCCUCUAAUUUCCCAUGAAGCAGGGAAGUUCACAGUUUGGCUUAUUCCAGCACUUUUUGCAUAUGCAAUUCUGCAGCCAUUAGUUCGAUAUUUCCAAAUGCAAAGUUUGCUUCUUCCCAUGUUCACAAUUUCUUGUGUCACUCUCUCCGUCCAUAUACCUCUUUGUUGGGCAUUGGUUUUUAAGACUGGACUGAAAAAUGUUGGUGGAGCUUUAGCUGUUAGCAUUUCAUUAUGGUCAAAUGUGAUCUUUCUUGGAUUAUACAUGAGAUACUCUUCUGCAUGUGCAAAAACACGCGCACCCAUUUCUGUGGAGAUGUUCAAAGGAAUUUGGGAGUUCUUCCGUUUUGCUAUCCCUUCUGCAAUAAUGAUUUGCCUUGAAUGGUGGUCAUUUGAGCUGCUAGUCUUGCUGUCUGGGCUGUUACCUAACCCACAACUUGAAACUUCAGUUCUAUCCGUUUGUCUCAACACCAUUUCGACUCUCUACACAAUACCCUUUGGAAUUGGUGCUGCUGCAAGCACAAGGGUUUCAAAUGAAUUAGGAGCGGGGAAUUCACAUGGUGCCCGUGUAGCUGUGUUAGCAGCAAUGUCUCUUGCAGUGAUGGAGACAAGUGUAGUAAGCGCAACCCUCUUUGCAUGCCGCCAUGUUUUUGGCUACAUUUUCAGCAACGAGAAAGAAGUUGUUGAUUAUGUCACUGUCAUGGCCCCUUUGGUUUGUAUAUCUGUUAUACUAGACAGCAUACAAGGUGUUCUCACAGGAUUUGCUAGAGGUUGUGGAUGGCAACACCUAGGGGUUUUUGUCAAUCUAGGGGCCUUUUACCUCUGUGGGAUACCAAUUGCUGCCUUAUUGGCAUUUUUUGUGCAACUUAGAGGAAUAGGGCUUUGGAUUGGUAUACAAAGUGGCUCUUUUGUUCAAACUGUUCUACUUGCUAUCAUAACCGGUUGCAUAAAUUGGGAACAACAGGCGACCAAGGCAAGAAAGAGAUUAUUUGCUGCUCAAAUUUCAUCGGACAACAAUAUAUUGGUAUGAGAAACCCUUAAUCAAAGACCAUUUUCCUAAAGAUGGAUUGGGGACAAUUCUCCAUGAGUGAGGAGUAGGAAUUUAUUCCCUUUACUGACUGAAAGUUUGGAAGUAUAAUGAGGUUUUGGUUUUUUGGCGUGGUUCUACAUUUGUGCUUCUGACAAGAAUAACCUUAGAACAUUAACUAGAUCUUAUCUAUGGCUUUUUUAUUUAAAUAAUACUUAUUUAAAAACAAAUUC